GCGGUAAAUAUAAGGACGUCAUUUCCGGCCCCCUGUCCUUUCCGCGCUUGGCGAGGGGUCCAUGUGGCGUUGUUCUGGGGUCCCGUCGUAACUUAAAGGGAAACUUUCACAAUGUCCGGAGCCCUUGAUGUCCUGCAAAUGAAGGAGGAAGAUGUCCUCAAAUUCCUUGCAGCAGGAACCCACCUAGGUGGCACCAACCUUGACUUCCAAAUGGAACAGUACAUCUACAAAAGGAAAAGCGAUGGCAUCUACAUCAUAAAUCUGAAGAGAACCUGGGAGAAGCUGCUGCUGGCAGCUCGUGCCAUUGUUGCCAUUGAAAACCCGGCUGAUGUCAGUGUCAUAUCGUCCAGGAACACUGGCCAGAGAGCUGUGCUGAAGUUUGCUGCGGCCACUGGGGCCACUCCCAUUGCCGGCCGCUUCACACCUGGAACCUUCACUAACCAGAUCCAGGCAGCCUUCCGGGAGCCGAGACUCCUGGUGGUCACUGAUCCUAGGGCUGACCACCAGCCUCUCACAGAGGCAUCCUAUGUUAAUCUGCCCACCAUUGCCCUGUGUAACACGGACUCCCCUCUGCGCUACGUGGACAUUGCCAUCCCGUGCAACAACAAGGGAGCUCACUCGGUGGGUCUGAUGUGGUGGAUGCUGGCCCGGGAAGUUCUGCGCAUGCGCGGCACCAUCUCCCGUGAACACCCGUGGGAGGUCAUGCCUGAUCUCUACUUCUACAGAGAUCCUGAAGAGAUUGAAAAGGAAGAGCAGGCUGCUGCUGAAAAGGCCGUGACCAAGGAGGAAUUCCAGGGUGAAUGGACUGCUCCCGCCCCAGAGUUCACUGCUGCACAGCCAGAGGUCGCAGACUGGUCUGAAGGCGUGCAGGUGCCCUCCGUGCCUAUUCAGCAGUUCCCCACUGAAGACUGGAGUGCUCAGCCUGCCACUGAAGACUGGUCCGCAGCUCCCACUGCUCAGGCCACCGAGUGGGUAGGAACCACCACUGAGUGGUCCUAGGCUGUUCCUCAGACUCUUAAACAGAAAGGAAACAAGGUUGCAGAAAAUAAACAGUUUCUAGAA